AUGGCGAUUGGGACAAGUGCUCGAAAGAUUUGGUUCAUAUGGCGGGGACGAAAUAAGGCACGGUUCGAAGGCCAGGUUUUUUCAGCAAGGGGGGUCAUCGUGGAGGUUGGCAACUUCUUGCACGACCUGGGCAGAGCAAAUAGGCUGGAUAAGGUACAGUUUCGGGGUGACCAGGAUUGCGAGUGGGCACGGUUAGCAUCAGGUACAGCCCGUAAACGGCGACCGGUGGUGGUAACCUGGGCAAUGCCUCCGGCCCGGCAAUACAAGCUAAACACGGAUGCGAGUGUGGUCAAUGGGAAGGCUAGUGGAGGAGGAGUGUUACGGGACUCACAUGGUAGAGUUAUCUUUGCAUUCUAUAAGGAGUUUGGGGACAAAGGAGUGCUGCAUGCUGAGGCUUUGGCCGUAUUAGAGGGGCUGUUAAUUGUGCUACGGCGGAUUCGCCGCCUGUUGGAUCAGGUUGCUGUGUCGUUUAGGCACAUAUUCCGGGAAGCAAAUGGGGUUGCAGAUAGGUUAGCUGCUUUGCAAGGUUGUCCGAGUAAGGUUUUUGAUUCACCGCAGCUCCUACCAAGAGAGGUUCGGGGGUGCAUUGCUAUGGACGUCGCUCAAGUCCCGUCUUUUAGAUUAGUGCUUGAAUAG